AUGACAUCCCAAUCAAUUACACUCCCCAAUGCCAUUUCCAAUCUUAAUAUUGACGAUGCUGAUGGCUCUAGCACUGCUGUAUAUAAAACAGCUGAGAUAUUGCCCCAAUCUCUACUUAGCCAUAAAGUAGAGAAGGAUUACAUAAUGAUGGGGAUGACACCUCAAGACUUCAUCAAGACGCAUGGGUCUAGCUCGGUAGAUUUUGCCCAGCUACAGAAGGACUUCACAAAGAUAUGUAUGAACUUCUCAGACACUAUAAGGAUAGAUGUAAAGUCUAUGGCAGUUGAAUUUUGCUCUAAGAUGAUAUAUGAAGUUGGCCCACAGGCUAGGCAAGUCAAAAAGACGGGUGACAAAACAUGGAAAUUCAUGUUUAUGUACAAAGUUAAUGACAAGUUGGUCGUGAAGGUUGCAUUUGUUAGCACCUACAAGAAAGAGGAAGCUCAAUAUGUUCUAGAAGCUAGCAAUCAGAAAAUCACUCUAUCAGUUAGAAAUGCUAGCCUGCUGGCCAUGAUGACUUUAGAGAAACUAAAUGAACUGGCCAUGAUCCAGACACCGUCAAUAAUGCUACUGAGCCCCUUAGCAGGUGCAGUCUUUUCUAGGGAUGAUCUAACCAAGAUAUCAGCUGAGGUGAAUACCCCUGUUGGGAAAAUCAUAAAUAUAGUAAAUGCAAGUUAUCAAAGUGGUGGGCACUACUUGCCAAGCAGUAGGAUGCAUGUCUCAGCAGUUGCUAUCAUAGUAGCUACUAGAAAUAUCAAGGAUGACAAGCACAAUCUCAAGACUUUCCGAGUGAAGAUACAAAAAUCGUUAGAAAUAGAAGCACAAGUAAGAGCUGAAGCAGAACAUCUAGUACUAGUUGAGGAAAACUUUAUUACACCACCUGAUCAGCAGUUAGUUGUUCCCGAUACUCCUUCGAAAUUAGGAAGCUUGUUGCCUGAUCCAUGUGAAAAACAACCAACUAUGAAUAAUGCAUCAAGUACUACAAGUUCUUCGACUGUCGUCACUAGUACAGAAACCAUUGACCACAACAAAUCUAAAAGUAAACAGAAUUUUUGCAAAUUCUGCAAACUAAAACGGACAAAUUUGAUCCAGCAUCUGUUAAAAAAACAUGCUUCAGAAGAAGAAGUUAAAGAUUUCCCAGAAUUUCCUAAGGAAAUUGCUCAUGGUCACGAUGGUACAAACGAAGAUUGUGAAUCAGGAAACUCUGCUUGUACUAGUGUUGCUUUCACCACAUUUGCUGCUUCCACUUCUGUUUCUUCCACUUCUGCUGUUUCUAUUGCUGCUGCUCCUCCUAAUAUUUAUAUUACUACCGAUCAAAUAAUUCAAAUUGAGAAGGAAACACCUCAUAUGUUUGAGGAUGAUAACAGGCCCGAUACUCCAAUAAAUAAUAUACAAAGAGGUUGUACUACUCCCGAAAAUUAUUGGAUACACAAUGGAAGAGAAGAUCUGAGCACCAUCAUAGAAGAUGAUGAAUUAUCCGAAGAUGAGACUUACGUGCCGCAGAAAGACUUUGAAUAUGAACUCGAGAAAUCUAAAAAUGAAUUUCCAUCGACGCCAAAGAAACGCAAAAGGAGAUUAUUAGGUAGAUCAUCCGAAGGGAGGACUAUCCAGCAGCUCACAUCCAGCUUAUCGGAUCUUCUGGACAAGCUCUUACAGAAACUCAGGGACGAUGGAGGGCUGCUGCAGAUGGGGACCACCUCUUGGUUUUCGAUGGAGGACACGGACGAGGAGAAGAUCCAAACACCAUCGAAUUUUGUAUCAAGCGCACGUGGAAAGUUCUUUUUAGGCAAGAAAACCCCAAUAGCUCUACAGUACAUGGUGUCAGGUGGUCACAAAUAG